ACACUCUCACUCAUUCUCUCACUAAAUUCAUUGCGCACUUGCAGAUCUUGCUCUCUUUAGUCGGAUCUGCAGUGUGCGUCGAAUCGAUUGCAUCAUCAGCCAUUUCAACUCUCUCUCUCGGCCGAUUACAUACUUCAAAGCCUCUGAUGUCAUUUUGUGAGAAGGAAGCUACUGCCCCAUAUUAGGGAAAUUGAUGAUGAUUUGGAGGAGACACACUGGAGAAAACCAUUGUCAAGUGGGAAUCGCAGUAUGCAGCUUUGUCUGUCUGUCAAACAAGUAUGGAAAGUGAUAGGACAAACACCAUUCCUUCAGAUGGGGUCAAUGAUGGCCUUCAAAAAAUCCGACCUUUACAUGGGAGGACCAGUGGCCCAACAAGGCGUUCCACAAAAGGGCAAUGGACCCCUGAAGAGGAUGAGAUUUUGCGGAAGGCUGUUCAACAUUUCAAAGGGAAAAAUUGGAAAAAAAUAGCGGAAUGUUUCAAGGAUCGGACCGAUGUACAGUGUUUACACAGGUGGCAAAAAGUUUUAAAUCCAGAACUUGUCAAAGGUCCAUGGUCUAAAGAGGAGGAUGAAAUAAUGGUAGAAUUAGUGAACAAAUAUGGGCCAAAAAAAUGGUCCACAAUUGCACAACAUUUACCGGGACGUAUAGGAAAGCAGUGUCGGGAAAGAUGGCAUAAUCAUCUUAAUCCUGCUAUCAAGAAGGAAGCUUGGACACAAGAAGAGGAAUUGGCCUUGAUUCGUGCUCAUCAAAUUUAUGGGAACAAAUGGGCGGAGUUAAUGAAAUUCUUGCCCGGGAGGACAGACAAUGCCAUAAAAAACCAUUGGAAUAGUUCUGUGAAAAAGAAACUGGAUUCAUACUUGGCAUCAGGUUUACUUGAGCAGUUCCAAGGACUGCCUCUUGUGAGCCAUUUGAACCAGUCCAUGCCUUCUUCUUCUCGGGUGCAACAGAGCAGUGGAGAUGAUAGUGUUCCUAAAGACAGGACAGAAGCAGAAGAAAUUUCUGAGUGUAGUCAAGGUUCAACUGUUGUGGGUUGUUCUCAAUCAACGAGUGACAUGACCAAUGCAGUUAUACAUACAAGAGAGGAAUGCCGACUAAUAGACGAAUAUAGUCAUGGAAAGGAUCCCAGCUCCAGUCCAGCAUCAUGUUCUGAAAAUUAUACACCUUUUCAAGAAGUUGCUUUUUUGACAGAAGUACCUUGUGAAGUGGGUAGUUCUUCCAAGUUUCUUGAACAUAAUUGUGCACACGAUUGGGGAACUUCUUCAGGUAAAGAUUGGCAGCUGAAUUCAAAUGAUUUACCUAACAUAUCUUCAAUGGAUCCAGGACAGGAAUCAUCAGGAUUAUUGAUGCCAUACAUAGAUGGCAAUAUAAACCGUGAAGGGGUGUCUUUUCCAUCACAGAAUUCUGUGAAAAGUGCUUCUACUCCUACAAGGAACAUAGAAAUGAGUUGUGAUAAACUAGAGCACACGUUGACACCUGAAGAUGGAAGUUGUAGUUUCAUAUAUCCCCAGGCAGGGACUGAUGGAUGUUACUCCUAUGGAAAUUUUUCAAAGUUCUUAAAUAUUAGUGGUGUGGAUGGACCCACAGAUUUGUUACUUUAUCAAUCAGCAAACUAUCACAUCCCUGAAGCUGGCACUUCAGCUUCACAACCAUACUAUCCUCCGAUGCCUGACAUGUUGGGAACUUCAUUUUCUCAACCUUUUCCUAUUCCUUCACCGCUUCCUCCUGAUGAUGGUGCACUUAUCUUUGGUAUUGACCCCAAUCAGUUUAAUGAUCUCUCAUUUGGGAAUCACGAAGAGGAGCUUCAUACAAGAAAACAUGAUGGGUUUAUCUAUACCAAUGACUCUGCUAGUUCUCAAUGUGAUACUGGAACAUAUGAUAUGGGCCUGCAAGAGCAAUUAGAUCAAGCGAAGGAUUCUCCAGAGCUAGUUCCUGUAGAUGCUUUUGGUUCAGGACUAUCAAAUAAUGUCCAAAGUUGUCUUUCCAAUGACGAAAAUCCAGAUGAACCAGCUGAACAGCAUGAGGGAGGAGCUUUGUUUUAUGAGCCUCCUCGUUUUCCAAGCUUGGAUAUUCCUUUUUUCAGUUGUGAUCUUAUACAGUCUAGUAGUGAUAUGCAGCAAGAGUAUAGUCCUCUGGGUAUCCGCCAACUGAUGAUGUCUUCUAUGAACUGUCUUACUCCAUUUAGGCUAUGGGACUCACCAUCACGGGAUGGUAGCCCAGAUGCUGUGCUGAAAAGUGCUGCCAAAACUUUCACAUGCACGCCAUCCAUAUUAAAGAAACGACACCGGGACUUGGUGUCACCUUUGUCAGAAAAGAGAAGAGAAAAGAAAUUUGAAAUUGAUCUCAAGCAGGAGUCUUUUUCUGACUUGGCCAAAGAUUUUUCUCGACUGGAGGUUAUGUUUGAUGAGAAUGCACCUCCACUAUCUCCAUCAUCAAAGCAAACAAGAAAUUCUGGAGCUUCCAUGGAAGAUAAAGAAAAUUUGAGUCAUGAUUCUGAAAUGGGAGAAAGGGAGGGCAGAGAAAGCCCUAAAAAUUCGGAGAAUGGAAUUCCUGGCAAAGAGUUUGAUACUAGUGAUCUCCAGGAGAAGAUGGAGCAAGGAACUGUUGGUAUCCAUGCUAAGACCAAGGGUGAUGCUGAUACUACAGCCCAAACUUUGCAACAGCCUUCCGGAGUUCUUGUUGAACAUAACAUGAAUGAUCUGCUAUUCUAUUCUCCUGAUCAAUUUGGCCUUAAAUUAGACAAAAUCAUGCCUACAAGUGCUAGAGCUGUUCAAAAUCAGAAUCCCAGGAGGUUAGAAGCAGGUGUUGUUUCAUCCGAGGCUCCAUGUUUAUCAGUUGUUAUCACACCUUCUAUUUGUGGGAAGAAGGAUGGAAGUCAUUCGGCUGCAGCCAUAUCUGUAGAAUCUGCUUCUGUAUCAGCUACCUUGGACAAUAUGGCUGAAAGUUCUGGGAAUAAUGCUGGUGUUCAAAACACAAGCAUAUUCGGUGAAACUCCUUUCAAAAGAAGUAUUGAAUCUCCUUCAGCAUGGAAAUCUCCUUGGUUCCUUAACUCGUUUCUUCCAGGCCCAAGAGUUGAUACAGAUAUAACAAUUGAGGAUAUUGGGUAUUUUAUGAGCCCAGGGGACAGAAGCUAUGAUGCCAUUGGGUUAAUAAAAGAGUUAAGCGAGCAUACUGCAACUGCAUUUGCUGAAGCCCAGGAGGUUUUGGGGAAUGAAACUCCUGAAACAAUUUUGAGGGAAAGAUGCUCCAAAAAUAAGAAAGCAGAUCAAGAGAAUGAGUUCAUUCCAAACAGUCAGCCAGAGAACUGUUUCCUUUUGGCUUCAAAUUCCUUGACAGAGCGGCGCAUACUUGAUUUCAGUGAAUGUGGUACACCCGGAAAGGGGACAGAGAGUAGGAGACAUCCGUCCACCCUAAAUAUUUCGAGUCCGACUUCCUAUCUGUUGAAAGGUUGCAGGUAGCAUGUUUUGUCAGCCAUACCAUGUGCUUGUAACAUAUGAGAGUUUAUAUAUAUAUGUGUGUAUUUUUCAUUUUCAAUUCUCUUAAUCCAAUUGUUGUGGUAGUUUAUGAGAAUUUUAUCUAUAUAGCAUUAUUUAAAGAUCAUAUGUGUCCUAGUUCUUCUCUCUUUCCUCUUUGUAUAAAAAAUGCCUCCGCUAUUGAACAAGGAAAAUGCGCCCGGAUUUUUUUUGUCUUCCUUUCUGUAAUACAAAAAACGAAUGUAUUUUUAUUCUUAUGCUUGGUCAGUGUGAGGCUUAUGUUAUUCAUCCUUCUAUUGUAGAGGAGGAAGUGUCUCAAUGAGAUCUAGGGUUUCA